AUGAUCUUACAGAUUCAGAAUUUUUCAGAAUUAGUACACAAGGCGAUGCUAGCGGAACAGAAUCUUAAGAGGGGUGCUGAAUUGCAAGAACAGAGGAAGAGAGCUGCUCCACAAGGGUUUCCUAGUUCGGAUCAAGGGCAAUGGAAAAAGAGAAAUGAGGGGAGCAGUUCAAGUCAGAGACAGAUACAGGGAAAUCAUACACCUAACCCUUGUAAGUUCUGUAACCGCAUACACCAUGGAGAGUGCAGGAAGGAAGUGGGGUCAUGUUUCAAAUGCGGUAAGGAUGGGCAUUUCAUUAGAGAAUGUCCAUUGCUUGCGGAGAACAAUAGAAGGCCCAACCCACCCCAAAACUUUAGGCCGAAUAAUCAAGGCAACAAUCAGUGGAGGACUGUACCUGCUCGGGUAUUUGCUUUGACACCAGGAGAAGCUGAGGACAAGGAUGAUGUUAUCACAGGUAUGAUUCUCUAA